AUGGCUGGGGGAAACCACUCGAGCGUGACCGAGUUUGUCCUCUUGGGCUUCACCGACCUGCAGGAGCUGCUCCUUGUGGUUUUUUUACUCAUCUACAUCACCACGUUGGUGGCGAACCUGGGGAUGAUCAUCCUCAUCAAGACCAACUCUCAGCUUCAUGUGCCCAUGUACUUCUUCCUCAGCCACCUCUCUUUCUUGGACGUCUGCUAUUCUUCAUCCGUCACGCCAAAGCUCCUGUCGGGUCUCCUUGCAGAGAGAAAUGUCAUUUCUUUCAAUGGCUGCAUGACACAGUUUUUCUUCUACGCGGUAUUCGGCACCACGGAAGCCAUUCUCCUGGCCGUCAUGGCGUACGAUCGCUACGUGGCCAUCUGCGAGCCUCUGCACUACGUGGCUGCCAUGUCCCACAGGGUCCCUGUCCAGCUGGUGGUGGGCUCCUACGCUGCCGGGAGCCUGAACGCCCUCGUACUCACCGGCGCUCUCCUCCGGCUCUCUUUCUGUGGCCCGAACCUUGUCAAUCAUUUCUACUGUGAAAUCCCAGCGCUCCUGCUGCUCUCGUGCUCCGACACCCGUUGUGUUACGAUGAUGUCUGGUGCAAAUCGCACCCCCAGCGCUGAAUUUGUCCUCCUGGGGUUCUCAGAGCAGGGGGAUGUCCAGGCCGUCCUCUUCAUGGUCUUCUUGGUGAUCUACAUGAUCACCCUGCUGGGGAAUCUGGGGAUGCUUGUGUUAAUCAGGCUGGAUGCCCAGCUUCACACCCCCAUGUACUUCUUCCUCAGCAGCCUGUCCUUCCUAGACAUCUGCUAUUCCUCCUCCAUCACCCCCAGGCUGCUCUCGGACCUCCUAGCAGAUAGGAAGGUCAUUUCUUACUCGGCGUGCCUCGCGCAACUUUAUUUCUACGCCGUCUUUGCCACCACCGAGUGCUAUCUCUUGGCUGUGAUGGCCUAUGACCGCUACGUGGCCAUCUGCAGCCCGCUGCUCUACGCCACCUCCAUGUCCAGCAGGGUUUGUGCGCUGCUGGUAGCUGGCUCGUACCUUGCUGGGAUCGUGAACGCCACUAUCCACACGGGGUUUGCGCUUCGGCUGUCCUUCUGCGGUCCCAACAUCAUCAACCACUUCUACUGCGAGGGCCCCCCGCUGUACGCCCUCUCUUGCACGGACCCCACCGUCAACGAGAUUGUGAUGUUCGUCGUGGUUGGCUUCAACCUCUUCGUCACCAACCUGACCAUCCUCAUCUCCUACACCUACAUCCUGGCCACCAUCCUGAGAAUGCGCUCGGCCGCGGGGAAACGCAAAGCCUUCUCCACGUGUGCGUCCCACCUGGCUGCUGUGACCCUCUUCUACGGAGCUGCUGCGUCCAUGUACUCACGACCCAGCUCCAGGCACUCCCAGGACCUUGACAAAGUGGCCUCUGUGUUUUACACCAUGGUGACCCCCAUGCUGAACCCCCUCAUCUACAGCCUGAGGAACAAGGAGGUGAAGAAUGCGCUGGGGAGAGCGAUGGAGAGGAAACAUUCAUCUGAAAAAUAG